CUACCAUGGCUGUCAUGACAUUCCCUUGUUUGGACCCAAAGGUCCUCUACCUACAUUUGUCUCGCAUUCGAAUUGCUCUUUCCUAGAGCUACCAUUCUCACUACCUUCUGCGGCAAGGGUCAGAACUGCACACAGCCAAAGCCGCUACCUUACCUUGAUCUUCUUGCCAUGGCAGAGCAGACUCAGCAGACCUCAGUUAAGGAGCCCUGGGCCGGGAACUUGCCCUGCUGCCACGGCCCGAAGGACGGCUGCGCGGCACACAAUUGGAAUCGAGUCCCGAUCUUUUGGAACCCGUCUCUUCCUUCAUCCGUCAAGCCGGUCACCGACAACUUUUUCAAGUCCUUCUUAUCGAAAAAGGACGCCAAGCAAGGGCAGCCCGAGCCCAAGCCGACCUUCGUCUUGUCUCUCCCACAAACCCCUUCAACGCAGGAACCCCUGCCCCUAAUCCACGGUUCAGUCCCCUACACACUUUCCUUCUACCACCUCCACGCCAUUACGACCUCUCCUUCGCCAGCGACUUUACUCCCCUUCAUCACCUGCCACGGCGUCACGAACUCCCACAGCCUAAAAUGGCAAAUUACCCCCCUCCUAACCCCAACGAGGGACCUCCUCCUCGCCCACACCUACACCCUCCCCAUCUCGCUCCCCUUCGGCGCAGCAGCAACCCUCUCGGACACAAGCAACUACUCGUAUCAAAAAAUUCCGCUCCUCUCGCCGGUACACAACAUCUACUCAUUCCGCGCCUGCCCGCACAUGACCCGACACCUGCGCACGCUCAGACUCAAGGUCGCCAAGGGCGUCGCGUCGAUCCGGAUCGAGUACGCGCUCAAGAACAUCGUGUUGGGGCAGGAGUUCAGGGACGAGUGGCGCAGCGACGAGGGGAGACAGCCGCUGGACAUGGCGUGCGGGAUGUGCCAUACGGAUUUGGGCAUGGUUUUUGAGGAGGACGUGAAGCAAGGCGAGGUGAGGGUAACGGUUAAGGUGUGGAAGGAUUUGGGGGGUUCAGCAGCCGGUGGGGAGAAGUGGGAGGCUGCGAGGGGCGGGGAGGCGGUGAAGAGGGAGAGGGAAGAUUUUGGGAGGGUGAGGAGGGCUUAUGAGGAGUUGUUGGGUGGGACUGCGGUGGUUGAUAGGGAAACCGAUGUUGACGAGGUUGCUGGUGGAAAUGAACCGGCGGUGGGCAAGAGGUUGGUAUUGGAGGAGUCGCAGGAGGUGGUUGAUGACGGACAGCAUGUGGCAGACGGGAUGCAGCCGCCACCUGCUUACACACCGUGAUUCCUUGUGUGGAGCAACAUAGAGCGUUGUCUGACAAGGCCGAGAGACUCAGGUAUUCGAGGCGGAACACUUAUCCGAGUCACAGGUCACUUCGAUGUACUUCUAUAACCAGCGUAAAGUAUCUUGCGAGGAAGACUUUAGUUAAUGCCGAAAAUGCUAGAAGUAACCCCUCUU